AUGUUCUUUAUCCAUGUGAGUAUUAUUUUAACAGUGGCAAGUUAUGUUUCUCUCUCAACAGUUAACUGUCCGGUGGAGGCUGAUCCGGUAACACUUUUAAGUUGUGUGGCUAUUGACGCGGUGGGAUUGGUUGAAGCAACCAAAGGAAACAUUAAAGUAUUUUGUGCGAUGGCAGAGAGAUUUAUGGAAUGUGUUAAAACAAAAACAAGAGGAUGCUUCGGGGAAGAGUUUGUUCGUGGUUCAUUGUCGGAACUGAUUGAAUUAUCACAAAAAUGUUGUGUAAAUACAAACGAAAAACCGGGCGAAGAAUGUCCAUUUGUGGCCAAACCUAAUUGCUUCUCAACGAGCGACGCUGCGUUGUCGACGUAUGGAUACGAAAUUCCAAUCGGUGAUUUGAAACCAGGUGAUUCAGUGCUUGCAAUUGAUCACAGUCAAAAUAUAAUAUCAUCGGAUAUUGUUGCUAUCUUACAUUACGAAAAUAAUAGCCAAGCAUUAUUCUAUACAAUCACAACUGAGCUUGGCAAUCAGUUUUCUGUGACAUCUGAACAUUUGAUAUUUAUCGGAAAUAAUCGCUAUAUUCAAGCGAAAGAUUUGACGCUCAACAACACUUUAUAUAUACUUCAUGAUAAUGCAUUACGUGAAGAAAAAAUCGAAUCGAUAAAUUUGAAAAUAAAACGUGGUUAUUCGACUCCUAUAACGAGUGUUGGAACAAUGAUCGUGAACAAAAUUAGUUCAUCAUGUUAUUCAACAGUUCAUAGUCAUCAAUUAGCUCAUUAUUCUUUGGCACCAUUGAGAUGGAUAUAUAAUAUUAAAAAGCAAUUGAAAUUGAUAAAUACUAAUCGGAUUGAAAAUGGAAUACAUUGGUAUCCCAAAACAUUAAAUAAUAUCAUGCAUACAAUGUUACCAACGGUUUUCACUUCAACGAAAUUAUAA